CUUCAGCCUGCGCACAGCCACGUUGCUCCUCUGAAAGCGGUCAAAAUCAGGAUGGCGCACCUCUAAAAAAUACUGAGGUUGACGGCUCAAAGGAUAACAAGAAAGGCACGAGGAUACCUCCUGAAGAGCAUGACGACGUCGACUUCGAUGAGCACACAAACAUUGCUUUCCUCGAGAACGUGACCAGUACAAGUACCGUAGGAAGAGGAGCACGAGCAGCGUUAGGCAGUGAAUCGUGGCAUCUGGCGCCGCGUAUUCACUGGUGGGAAAAAGGAAUUUUGAAAACAAAAUACCGUACUAACUGGAAGAAAAUUAACGCUACAAUCGCUGCAAUAGUUCAGCAAGGAGUUCUUCUAACCACGCGGUCUAAGCAAGCAGAAGUCACACAUGAAGAUAAGACUGAGGACGAGAGGACGAGCAAGAAGAGUGAGCACAAAGAAGAUACAAUCGCCCAAGUUCCCAAAGAUUGGACACCAAGUCUUGGCGAGAGCUCACGACGGAUCGAGAACCGAGCAGAAUGGGCUGACGAUGAUCGCAUACUGGGUUUAGUUAAGGUUCCCCCUAAUCCAUCUCUAUAUGCAUUCCUCAACAGUAUGCACCCCAAUGCAAGGGAAGUAGUAAGGUAUAUCCUUGCGGGAUCCCUACAUGGAUGAUCUAGGGGGAGCUCUAACUCGGGAGAUAUUGGAAACAAUCGAAAAAGCGACUACCUGUUGGGGGGCCGUGGUUCCUCGAGCAGUACAGCUUUGGAAAGCUACGCCUCUCUGGUCUGGCUGAAUCACCUCGAAAUUGGGUGUGCUCAUCGAAUAGUUGAAGAGAGGAAGGAGGUGGCUCCCGGGUCGGCUGAAACAAGCGGAACGACUGGAACGAAUGUCAUAUGUCAUUACCGCAGCCGGACGGGAGGACCAGCACCAGCGGCGUUCGCUAGUAAUACGAGCGCGAAGUGGAAGGAGACCAUUAAUGAUGCGCGAAUAAGAGCGAACAUUUUUCCAGUGCAACGUCUUUGGUCAGAGUGCGCGCACACUGCAGGCAUAGGCGAGGCGAAUGUGCGAGGCGUGAUGGAGGUCGGGCUCUCGUUCGGGAAAAUAUCUCAAGAACAACAUGAUGAAAAGGAAGGGAAGACCGAUGAAGGUGAACAAGGAGCAAUGAUCGAGGUGGACUCAACAAACGGCGUCGUGAGUAAGAUUGCUGACGCUGAGUCCUCGAGACAACUACAUCAGCACGACAACCGGCAACCGACGUGCGACACUCUUCUUCGGCCUGCAGGAAAUUGGGCCGAAGGAGCUGUUGUCGCUGCUGUAUGUGGGUGGCAGAUGCUAGGGGCUUUACUUUUCGAUGGCGUUUUCGUGAAUCGCACGCUAAAAGACCUUGGCGGCAGCGGCUUUAGUUUCCGAAACGAGGUGCAGCUACUCCAUAGCCUGCGACCGAAUUCUUGCCGUCUGCAAGAGGGUCAGGGUUUAGUUGAGGAUCAUGCUGUAACCUACACACGAAGUCAUAUUCCAGCCCGUGCUGCGCGUAAUUUGGAACAAGGAGUAGGAGUGGAUGACCUUGUAGUACUGAAACAACAAGUAGAAGAUUGGAAGCCCACCCCCGCUUCCGCUACCUCGCCUUCAACAUCUUUUAGUGCCGAAGCCAAGAACAAGAC